AUGUCAUCUUUCCGAACCAUCGCUCUUCUUUUCGCUAUCGUCAGCAUCAGUUCUGCGAUGAAAUGUUACUCUGAGGUAGUGAACAGCGGCAAACCAUCAAAAUCGGAUGACUGCAACGGUCAGUACUGUACUAAGAUUGAGAUGAAGGUGGGUGGAAACUCGGCAAUUGCCUAUGGAUGUGAUCAAACACAGUUGUGCAAGAGCAAUGGAUGUUUUACUGAUUAUGGAGGAUCGAAAGUGUGUUGUUGUAGCGGAGAUCGGUGCAAUUCGUCUUCAAAACUCUCCUCCAUUCUCGCCCUCUUUCCUAUUGUCAUAUAUAAACUGUUGUAA